AUGUCCUUAAUAGCGCCCGAGUUCGCAGGGGUCGCGCAAAUCCAAGAGCAACAGUCGGCUGUCCCGGGGGGUGUUGUCCAGGGUGUGGCUUCGAACGCGGGAGUUCAAUGCGAUGUGACAUUCGAGAACGCGCUAUGUCUUCGAAACGGCGAGUACGUGAUUAUGCCUCCUGCGCGGGCUGAGGGAUUAGUUGCGCGCUAUCUCUUCGACUCGGGGCACGCAGUCGACGUGAGCGGUCACGGCUACCACGGCUCGGGCGUUGUGACGCCGGGGCCGUCUCCCUUCGGCGGAGGCAGUGGCUACAGUGCCCGGCUGGGCAAAAACACCCUGGUUCAAAUCCCGGGACUGGCAAUCGGUUCCGCCACCACGCACGAAUGGGCGUACUCCUUCUGGCUCUACCUUAUCAAAGAUACAGCUGACAAAGCCCAGGAUUCCUACUGUCCGCUGAUUGAGUCUGGCGACGGCGAGGCGGUAACUGGCGUGGAGGCGGGUCACUCGUACCUGUCGAUCGCGCUGAACGGGCAGAGUCGCGGAUUGCGUGUGAGUGUAGCGAGUUCGCACGGGCUAGAGUUCUUCGACCUGCACGCGCAUUUGGCGUUGCAGGUGUGGUACCGUGUGGCGGUGACGCGGCAGAACAACCGCGUGGUCGCGUACGUGAACGGUGUGAGGGACGCGUUUCUGGAUUUCAAGGGCGACGUCCUAGACGCAGAUUCAGUAGCCGACGGACUGACGAGUCUGCGACUAGGCAGCAAUGACUGCCUCGCCUUCCUCGUGGACGACUUGGUUGUGUGGAAUCAACUGCCAGGUUCCCUUUAUAUUGAAGCCGAGGCCGCCAUGGCACUGGGAAACCUCGAGCCGGCAGCCUUUGAACUUGCCUGUGUCCAAUGCACCAAAACCGAAGCUGAAGAAGGCUGCUCUGAUCAAUAUCAUCUCUGCGGCGACUGGGAGCUUAACGGCGGCGUUCUCCAAGCUGUACGACAACUCGGGUGGCUCCAACUCGGCUUCAAAGUUCACUCUGCCGGUGCGGCGCGUGGCAUUGUGAUACAAACCGCAGACGACGCCACACCCACCGACACGCCCACAGACUCCGGCGUCGGCGGGCUCGGCAUCUGUUGUAGAGAUUGA